UAUCUGUGUGAUAAACCAGCGGACAAGACCCCAUUAAUCUCUGCCCCUCUCUCUCUCCAUUUCUCUCUUUGCUCUUCCCGUUUUGGGUUUUUUUAUACAGGCUCUCUUCUUCUCAUUCAGUUCUCAGGUCCUUUAAAUUACCGAGCUCUCAGAUUCGGAUCUGGGAGUUUGAAUAGAAGAGAGCUCAUUUCGUUUCUUGAUUUUCCUUUGCUGAUAAACUCCGAAAUCCAAAUGGAUCUUGGAAGCAUGGCUGCUACAUCUGAUGAGAACAGUGUUGCUUACAUGAAAUCAAGAAAUGCUCAAGGUGGGGAAGGGAUGGAUGGUGGAAGAAAGUUCGGAAUGGAGAGAAGAAGCAACAGGAGAGCACUGGGUGUAAUUAAUCAGAGCUUAGGAGCCCAUCCAUGCCCAAUUGUUGUUAGCAAAAGAGGGCUAUCUGGAACUAAUAAUGGGGCCUGCAACAAUAAUCCCGCAAUUCCUGCGCAAAGACCCAUCACUAGGAAGUUUGCUGCCCAAAUUGCUAGCUCCCAACAACAUUGUCAUGUGGAAACCAAGAAACCGAAAAUUGCAGCACCAGAAGAAGAACUCAAGCUAUGGGAGGAUGUGCCAUUGCAAGAAGAGGAGGGGAGAGACCAGCCUGUUCCCAUGGCUUUAGAGCAGACGGAAACAGUCUCCAAUGAAAAAGCUCAUGUGGAGGUUGAGAUGGAGGAUAUAUUUGAAGUAGAGGCUAUAAUAGAUAUUGACAGUGGUGAUGAAAACAACCAUCUUGCGGUUGCUGACUAUGUGGGUGAUAUCUAUGCCUACUACAGAAAAUUUGAGAGUAGCAGCUGUGUUUCACCAGACUACAUGGCCCAGCAGUUUGACAUCAAUGAGAAGAUGAGAGCCAUUCUCAUUGACUGGCUCAUUGAGGUGCACCACAAGUUUGAACUCAGGGAAGAGACUCUAUUCUUGACAGUGAACCUAAUAGACAGAUUCUUGGAGAAGCAGGGUGUUGUGAGGAAGAAAUUGCAGCUUGUCGGUCUGGUAGCCUUGUUGUUGGCAUGCAAGUACGAGGAAGUGUCUGUCCCUGUCGUAGAUGAUCUCAUCUUCAUCUCAGACAAGGCUUAUACCAGAAAAGAAGUCCUAGAUAUGGAGAGUUUGAUGCUGAACACAUUGCAGUUCAACAUGUCGGUUCCCACGCCAUAUGUGUUCAUGAAGAGAUUCUUGAAAGCUGCCCAAUCGGACAGAAAGCUUGAGCAUUUGUCCUUCUUCUUGAUGGAGCUUUGCCUGGUUGAGUAUGAGAUGCUUAAAUUUCCGCCCUCUUUUUUGGCCGCAGCAGCCAUUUUCUCUGCUCAGUGCACUCUCUAUGGUGUUAGUCAGUGGAGCAAAACCUGUGAGUGGCACUCUGGCUACACAGAACAUCAACUCUUGGAAAGCUCAAGAGUGAUGGUGGGAUAUCAUGAGAAGGCAGAAAAGGGGAAGCUAACAGGAGUACAUAGGAAGUACAGUACAUCAAGAUUUGGGUGUGCAUCUAAAUGUGAACCAGCCAAGUUUCUGCUACUUGUACAGUCACAACAACAAUAACAGCAGGAAGGGGAGGAAAGAAGGGAGGGAGGGGAGGGGUGGAGCAGGAGGGCAAGGAGGGGCAUGUACAUUGCACUCUAACUAUACAUGAAUAUGAGGAUGAUUGGAUGUUGUUAGGGGGUGGAGGGGUAAACUGGGAAGAAUAAUAAGUUAGUUGUUAGCAAGCAACUAUCUGCGUUGCCCCCAUCAAAUUUAUAUAUUGUUCUUUUAUUGGCUGAGAGUAUGGUUAUUUUGCUCCAAGUGCAAAUAGCUGUUCUUUUGCCUCUUUUUUUAUUAAAAUUUGAACAAAUGAAAUAUUGAUAUUUGAUUAUAUGAAGUUUCUUCUUAGAAUUUUUUUAGUUCGUA